CCGUUCCUCCGCCCCGCCCCCUCCCCUGAGUCCCGGGUGCGCGGCUCAGCGCGAGGAGAGCGGGGACCCGCGCCUCCGCCCCGCCCCCGCCCGGCGCGUGGAGGCCGCUCUGAUCGCUGUCGCCGCCGUAGCCGCCCGCGCGGGAUGACCUGGGACGGCUCUGGGAGCCGGCUGCCGCAAGAGGUCUGGGGGCUCCGCCGGCCCGCCGAGAGCGAGCCAAGACCUGGGCUUUCCUCUGGAAACCUGUCCCGCCCGCCUCUGUAACCUGGCGCUAUGCAUCCGCAUCCUGGCCCCUUCCGCACGCUGCUGUAUGGUGUUCUUUUGGCUCUGUGCUCUCCCGUGAGUUCAGACUUGGCACCUUAUUUUACUUCUGAGCCACUGUCUGCUGUCCAGAAACUCGGUGGACCUGUAGUUCUACAUUGUUCUGCUAAACCUGUGACUGCUCAUAUCACGUGGUUGCAUAAUGGAAAAAGAUUGGAUAGAAGCUUGGAACAGGUUAAGAUUCAUCAGGGGACUUUGACUCUUCUCUCUCUCAGCCCCUCCCUUUUGGGUCACUACCAAUGCGUUGCCAACAACAGCGUCGGGGCCGUGGUGAGUGGCCCUGCCACAGUGUCCGUUGCAGUUCUCAGUGAUUUUGAUUCAUCAACAAAGCAUGUUAUUACAGCGGAAGAAAAAAGCACUGGUUUCAUUGGCUGCAAGGUACCAGCUAGCAACCCCAAAGCUGAGGUGCGCUAUAAAAUCCGGGGAAAAUGGCUGAGACAUUCCACAGAGAAUUACUUCAUCCUGCCGUCGGGAAACCUUCAGAUUUUGAAUGUAUCCAUGGAGGACAAAGGAUCAUAUAAAUGUGCAGCUUUUAAUCCUGUCACAAAUGAAUUAAAAGUCGAACCCAUUGGCCGAAAGCUCCUUGUGAGUCGCCCUUCCUCAGAUGACUUCCACAUUCUCCACCCCCCGCUUUCGCAAGCAUUGGCUGUGCUCUCUCGCAGUCCCAUAACCCUGGAGUGUGUGGUGAGUGGGGUCCCCACUUCUCACGUGCACUGGCUGAAGGACGGUCAGGACGCCGUGGUGGGACGCAGUUGGAGGAGGCUGUAUUCUCAUCUCGCCACAGACGGCAUCGACCCAGCGGAUGCCGGAAACUACUCCUGUAUGGUGGGAAGCAAGUCUGGAGGCGUGAAACACGUGACUUACAUGGUUAAUGUACUUGAACAUGCUUCAAUUUCUAAAGGACUGAAGGAUCAGACAGUGUCUCUCGGGGCCACAGUGCAGUUUACUUGUGAGGUCCGUGGGAACCCAUCCCCCAACCGCACCUGGCUUCAUAACGCACAGCCUAUUCGCCCUUCCCCGCGACAUCUAACUGCAGGCAAUGGAUUGAAAAUCAGUGGUGUUACCAUGGAAGACUCUGGCCUGUAUCAGUGUAUAGCGGAUAAUGGAAUUGGAUUUAUGCAGUCUACUGGGAGACUUGAAAUUGAAAAAGGCAGUGGACUCGAGCCGGUUAUAAUCACAGCACCAACAAGUACACAGGUGGCGGAUGGAGACUUCGUUGCUUUGUCCUGCAAUGCCACUGGAGUGCCCGUUCCGAUCAUUCGUUGGUACGACAGGCAUGGGUUGAUAACCAGCCAUCCGUCUCAAGUCCUCAGAUCUAAAUCCCGAAAAUCACACUCACUAAGACCUGGGGGCUUUGCCCCGGAGCCUGUCUACUUCGUCAUGUCCCGAGCUGGCUCAAGCUCCCUGUACAUCCAGGCCGCGUCUCUGGAGCAUGCUGGGAAGUACACCUGCGAAGCUGCGAAUGAGCAUGGCUCUGCGCGGUCUGAGGCCGUGCUCACAGUUGUUCCUUUUGAAACAAAUACAAAAUCAGGAAUAGUCGCAUCUCCUGAAGCCACCCAGAGUGCUAAAAGCGAUGGUUCCGAGACCGGAUUAUUGAGCCCGUUUCCAGCGAAGGAACCUUCCAGUGCGGGGCAGUCACAGUCAGAGAAAAACGCUAGCGGAGCCUCAGUGCCCGACGCCCCCAUCAUCCUGAGCCCUCCGCAGACCCCGACACCAGACACCUACAGCCUGGUCUGGAGGGCGGGGAGGGACGGCGGGCUGCCCAUCAAUGCCUAUUUUGUGAAGUAUCGAAAGCUGGACGACAGCGUGGGCGCGGUGGGGAGCUGGCACACGGUGCGGGUCCCGGGAAGCGAGAAUGAGCUCCGCCUGACGGAGCUGGAGCCGUCCAGCCUCUAUGAAGUGCUGAUGGUGGCGCGGAGCCCAGCUGGGGAAGGGCAGCCUGCCAUGCUCACCUUCCGAACCAGCAAAGAGAAAACGGCCUCAUCGAAAAGCGCCCAGGCGUCCUCCCCGCCUAUGGGCGUCCCCAAACGCCCGGCGGUGUCGGAGGCAGCGGAGCAUUUUGGGGUGGUCCUGACAGACCCCUCGAGGCACAGCGGAGUUCCAGAGGCCCCCGAUCGGCCUACCAUCUCCACCGCAUCAGAGACGUCCGUCUACGUGACUUGGAUCCCUCGGGCCAAUGGGGGUUCUCCCAUCACUGCCUUCAAGGUCGAGUACAAACGGAUGGGGACUAGUGAUUGGCUGGUGGCAGCUGAAGACAUCCCUCCUUCCAGACUCUCUGUGGAAGUUCGUAGUUUAGAGCCAGGUUCUACAUACAAAUUUAGAGUCAUAGCUAUCAACCAUUACGGUGAGAGUUUUCGGAGUUCGGCAUCUCGCCCUUAUCAGGUGGCUGGGUUCCCCAGCCGUUACUCGACCCGCCCGGUGGCCGGCCCUCACAUCGUGCACACGGAAGCCGUCAGUGACACGCAGAUCAUGCUCAAGUGGACGUACAUCCCAUCGAUUAACAAUGACACCCCCAUUCAAGGAUUUUAUAUUUAUUACCGGCCGACAGAUAGCGACAACGACAGUGAUUACAAGAGGGAUAUUGUCGAAGGUUCAAAGCAAUGGCACAUGAUUGGGCACCUGCAGCCAGAAACAUCCUAUGAUAUUAAAAUGCAGUGCUUCAACCAAGGAGGAGAAAGCGACUUUAGUAACGUGAUGAUCUGUGAAACGAAAGUAAAACGUGUCCCUGGAGCUUCUGAGUACCCUGUCAAAGACUGGAGUACCCCUCCCAGCUCUUCCGGGGGCGGAGGAGACGUGGGGCCUGCCACCAGCCCGGCCCGAAGCAGUGACAUGCUGUACCUGAUAGUGGGCUGCGUGCUGGGCGUGAUGGUCCUCAUCCUCAUGGUCUUCAUUGCCAUGUGCCUGUGGAAGAACCGCCAGCAGAAUACCAUACAGAAAUAUGACCCACCAGGAUACCUCUACCAAGGCACAGAUAUCAACGGACAGAUGAUGGACUACGCCACCCUGCCUGGCACAAAGCGGAUGAAUGGGAACGUCCACAGAAGCUUCCUAAGCAACGGCGGUCUCAGCAACGGCUGCUCCCAUCUCUACCACAAGGUCCCGAAUGGAGUCAAUGGAAUUGGGAACGGGAGCUUAAACGGAGGGCUUUACUCUGUGCACGCGAGCUCUCUAACCGGGACACAUGUGGAUUUUGAACAUCCUCGUCAUCUCAUGAAUGGCGGCGGGAGGUACACAGCAGUCCCCCAGACGGACCCAGCGGAGUGCGCUACCUGUCGGAACUGCUGGAACAACAAUAGGUGUUUCACCAAAACAAACGGCACUUUCAGCAGCAGCCCCCUUUCCGUGGUCCCUCUGGCUGCACCUUGUCCCCAGGAUGGCUUGGAAAUGAAGCCCCUCAGGCACACACCACCACCUGUGUGUCAAGCUUCCCCAGCCGCCGACUGCAGCCCGUCGCCGGAGGAGGACGGCGAGGAUGAAGCGGCGCCAGCACCUGCUCGCCACGCCUGCGGUCAGGACAGCAGGCGUGGGGUCAACGCUGAUGUCACAGAGGGUGCAGCAGAGCCCGACAGAGGAGACAGCUAUGUCCAUUCAGAAACAGAGACCAAAACUUUAAGUUGGAAUCCUCUUAUUUCGCCACCUGCUUCAAAGGACUGUACUGAAAAGACGACGUGGUCUCCUCCUGGCAUUCCUUUAGACAGCCCUUCAGGGGUCCUUCAGCAGCCGCAGGAAACCUGAGGACGUGCACAUGACAAGUCACUUCCCACUUCAAGCCAGUCACUGCACAGAACAGGCCUGGGGAUGGACUGUGUGAAGGACGUUAAUUCAAAUCAGAGAAAAAUGAUUAUUUAUUUUUGUAGUAGUAAUGUCAUAUGAAUGUAUCUUAAAAUGUGUGCCCUUUUAUAUUAUUUAUGCCUUACAAUUUGUCCUCCCUUUUUCUUCCUCCUCCCUCAUUAGGCAACAGCCUAGUUUUGCAUAGUUUCCAGUCAUCCGAGAGUAUUCCAUGUCUUCCGAGAACCUCAGUGACAGACCAGCCUGCGGCUCAUCCAGCUAAGAGGGCGUUGCGCAGGCGUCUGAAGUUUUCAGGCAGAGAGCUGUCUUUCAAUAUUAUAUUACCAGACUCUCUGAGACCGUUUGGAAACAACCGCAGUUGUAGCCUGCUGUUUCUGGUAGCAGAUCUCUUAUGAAUUUUAUUCGUGCCUUCCACAAAAGUGACGGCCGCCCUGUCGACUCCCUGCACGUGGGCACCGGUUACGGUCCGUGCCCCAGGCAUCAGCCACGCAUGGCGCCGUGGGCCUGGCACAGGCGGGGCUGGGUAAUUGGGUCCCCAGAAGGGACCCGAGCAAGCGAGGCCAGAGAAAGAAUGCCUUCCAGUCUUAGGGCUUUAAAAUUGCACGUGUUUAUAAAAUGGUCACCAUGGGCCCCUUUGUAGCUGUUUCUAAGAGUAGGGACAAAAUAAGACUUUAAACUGAGGCCUUGAAGAGAAGGAUUUACAUUUGAAGGAGACGGGUGUGGGGGAGGGUUUCCAGGGAGCCAGCCUGGCAGAAGCUCCCUCAUUAACACAGAGCUCCUGGCGCUGCACCCCCGAAAACCGUCCUUGCCCAGCUUCCAACGUGGGAGAUGUGAUGCUAGAAAAGACUUCAUUUGGAGGGUGAGGAGGGUGUGGUUUGAAAUUCCCUGCCUUUUUUGUAGAAUGUUGUCAUUGUAAACAGGCACCGAAAGCGUUGGUUAGCAGAGCCCAUCAGUCACCGCUGCGCUGCCUCUGAGUGACUGGGUAUUUGCAGCUGCCUUUGGAGGCUUUUCUUCUCCAAUUCUAGAGAAAAAAAAAAACAAAAAAACCCAAAACACAAAAACACUGUGUGUUGAAUAGCUUGAGCCCAGCUUUAAUGGAUCAUUGCUCCUUUUUGGGUUGCAUGUCCCUGUAGGGAAAGAAACUGAAAAUGAUUCUCUUCAGAGUCCAGCAAUUUCAGCAUAAAUGAAAAAAUGUUACAGUUUCCCAGAAAUGACAGCGAAAUAGACUAGAAUACUAUGUUAAUCAACUUUCUAUGUAAGUGCAUCAGUAGUCCCUUACAUAUGUUUAUAUGUUUUAUAGAUAGAACUGUUAGUGAACUGUGCUGUUGGAACUGAGGCACUAUGCAAGAACUCCUUCCAGUAGAAUGUAGUGAGUGUAACUUCGUGGUCAGGUAUUAGGGACGCUGUAGAAUCAAGGUCUCCAUCCCAGGCCAGGACAGCAGGUCCGUGCCUGUGCUGUACGGGAUUCCUUCGUGCUGCGUAGAUGCAGUUAGCUUUGGAGGGGGGAUGGCUGCGUCCCCGACUUCUGUGACUAGCAAAGGACGAAGUCCUAGGACACAGAACAUGAGAGCAUGCCCCAUGUUGGCCAACCAAGGGACAGCAAUACUGUCACAAAGUGAGGUUUAGAAAACUGGGGAGUAAACGUUUGUCGGCCGUCAUUUUGAUUCAGGAAACAGGUGUGUUAGCGUGAGCCUAGGUCCUAAACUGCUUUUAAAGAUUUGAGUUUGGAUAUGGGAUCUGUCCGGCAGGAAAGGAAAAUGACUUUCCCUUCAGGGCAAUCUCAUUGUGGACUGCUUUAUUUAUAUUAUUAGUAACGCUGUUUUAAGUGUUAUCCCUUUUAUUGUAUUUUAUUUAUAAAAAAUGCCUUUAUAUAUUGAGAUAUAUAAAUAUAAAUAUAACUAUAUAUAUUAAUUGCCUUCAUGUUUAGGAGUUAUGAGUUCCCCGUAACCAUGAGUUGUUCUGAACUCCCACCCCCUGCACGGUCACUGGAACCAGCUCUGCCUGAGGUCCCCUCGCCCGAGUCCAGGGCCACGGCGCACUGCAGGAGGCGGUGCUGCCUCUGGCACAGUGACAGCUGUGUCCCAGGCACUGGGCUCAGAGCUUGUUACUGCUAUCUUUUUAACCCUCACAACGAACCCACAAAGGAGGUGUUGAAGACCUCAAGUCUCACAGCGAGCCGCAGAGCCCGGAUUGGAACCCAGCCGACCUGGAGCUGUAACCUGAGCUCCUUCCAUUUUUCCACGCUGCUUUCCAAAUGCAUGUGGAUCCCCCUUUGAAUGGAACCGGCCCCGCUCUGCGCACUCCCUCGGCCCCGCUGUGAGACUCUGAUGCUCCAACACCGCAGCCAGAGAGGCCGCCCCGUGCGCCUGGGCAGCUCUGUGCUCGCCCUUCGCCUCCCUGGAGUCCCGCCUCUCCCGCUGAGGCCCCUACGCCCCGACCCCGACCCGAAUCCGAUCUCCACGUGGCUUCAUGAUACUGUAGCUGACUAGGCCUCUUCAUGUUCCUUUUCGCCCUAGAGUCCCCUGUGAUUCUGUCAUUUAGCGUUAAACUUCCCCCAUUUCUGUUCCGUCACUUCCCUCGCUCCUUUUUUCCUUUAUGCCCCGGUCGCUGCCUGGCAGCAUACAGGAUGCAAGUUCAAUUGCAAUGUUUUAAACCUUUUGAAGUGGUGCUUCAGGAUACUUCUUCCCGGGGUCAUUUCUGUGGAACGAGCCUGAGGACGGGGCGUCCCUCGUCAGGGCCACCGCCCCCCAGCUCCCACCCCAGCUGCAGCUCUGCUGAGGACUUAAUCGCAUGAUUGGAUUCUGCCUGCGUUGCUCUCUUUUAAAGCAAUGACUAUGAGAUGCAUGUUUUUGUAUCAUAUUGAAAAAUGUUUUAUUUUCCUUAAAGUUGUAAUAGUGUGUUUGAAAUUGUACAUAUUUUAAA